AUGGAGUUUAUUCAGUUUCUGACACAACUCCCAGCCUGAAGAUACGCCAAAAACACAUGGAAAGUCAAAGUCACAGCGCCUGAAGAAUAUAGUGCAAUACUUGUGGAGUAUGAAAUAAUGAAUAACAGGCAUUUGAUUGACAUUGUUCAAAAAAUUCAAAGACUCCCAUCACUGACUGAAUCUGAAGACGCGCUGGGCCAAGUCACGAUGAGUUUCCAUUGAAGUGGGAAAUUUUAUAUGGUGUAUGAAGAUUUCGAAGAAGCAGAAAAUAUCAUUGGUAUUGAAUGGAUUUGUGAAAGCUUCAGGAAAGGAAUUGAGGGACUGGCUAAACUAGAAAAAGAUGGCACUUGGCAUGGUGAUAUUUGUAUGGAAAAUUUCAAAAGAGGCGAAAAAUGUGGAAAGCUUUUUGGAUAUGCAUUGCCAAAACCUAGAAGUUUUGAAGGCUCUGGGAACGUGAAUCCAUAUAAACAAGAUAUGAAAAAUUUAUGCCAGGUUUUAUUAGAUACUACAGGAUGUCAAGAGAGCUUUGAAAAGUUAGCAGAAGCAUAUGGAGACUUGGAAGAAUUGAAAAUGAUCAAAAGAAUUGUGGAAAGUGAGCUUGAAACAAUUCCUACUGCUCUAGAUAUUCUAGAUUUAAAGAAUUCAUUAGCUAGAAGAGAUAGAUAUAAAGAUGGCACAGAAGAUAGAAAUAUAAAUGAAGGCCAAAUGCUUUUUUUUACUAAAAAUGAUUAUCUUCAAUCAUUUUCUAUCAGCCUGGAGCCAAAAAUUUCAAAAAUUAUUAAGAAUCCUUUAGGAAAAGGAAGCAGCAUUGGCAAAUUUAAGGGAGAUUUGAUAAUAACUGGAGGAUGUGGCACAGAAAAUAAUACUUUUAAAUAUAAUGCUGAAAGUAUGCUAUUUGAAAUUUUGCCUGCAAUGCUAUGCUGCAUUGAAAAUUUUGCAUCUUCAGCUUUGAAUUACGACUUUCGCUUGUGUGCUGAAGUCUAAAUAUUUUAGGCAUCAAGUUUCCGUAAGCAACAGAAAAUCCAUAGGAAAAAUCUCUAUAUUUUGGUGAGUGAACAAAAUUUUUCAAAUAUAAAAUUCUAUAUAAAAAAAAAUUGAUAUAUAAGUGAUAAAUAGUAUGAUGAAAUCUCAAACUAAAUCUAUUUAUUUUUAAACAUUUAAUUGGAUUUUUUAAAAAAAAAAUAACCCCUCAUGAGCAACCAAAUAUUUUUGUUCGCACACGGAGGGAGGAACAAGCAUUAUAAAUGAUUAUUAGGUAUAUCAAAUCAUCAAUUUCACACAUCAAUUGAAUUUUCAAACAGCCUCUGAGUAAUUGGAGGGAUUUCAUCAAAGUCUUGUGAAAGUUGAGAUGGAAAUCAUUGAAAUGUGCAGCCAGAGCUCAGGUAUGCAAGAGAAAGUCCAAGUGCUUAUAUAAGCGACACUUUAUAUGUUUUUAGUGGUGGAGUAGAGCGAUUGGAAGGUAAUUCAUGGACACUCCUAAGCAUUGAACUAAACCUUAUUGGAUGCUUUGGAUUAGUAAAGGACUCUCAAAUCAUAAUUUUUGGUGGGAGAGAGUUAGCAACUUAUAAUGAUGAAAUACUAAUAUAUUCACUUGAUAGUCCAUCUAUUCAAGAGAGACGUGAAGGGUUCACUGGCCUAUUCGGUAGCAACCCAUUCUAUGAGUCUGGGAAUGCUGUUUGUGUCCCUUCCAAUUCAGGAAAGAUUGUCCAAUUCAACACAAUAUCUAAUUCACACCUGUGAUGAGCAACAAAUUUUAAUUAAAAUUUUUUAAAUCUAAAUCAAUUCGAAAAAUAAUAAAUUAAUUUAUUAAGUUUAUGCUUUAGAAUGCAAGGAGCUUAAAAUAUAUUAGAAUUAGCUUGGGCUUUUAUUAUAAUCAUUAUAACGCAUAUACCAAAUUUUUUUCGUAAAGCAAAUUUAUAUUAAAGAAUUCUUGCUUUCCAACUGAGGGGGAGUAAGCAACUAAUUCUUCUUUAA